AUGUCAGGAGAAAUUUCGAAGUACUGCCGAGAGAAAUUGGAGGAAUUGAAGUGUUUCAUUUCAAUAGCUUCAUCUAAUUUGUUCGUUGAACCCUCAAUCAGCUUGGAAAUCAUUGCCAGUCCUUUCCUUGGAAUCAAAGAAUGUUUCAGCACGACAAAAUAUGGAUAUUUGAUGUUUAAUAUCUUCCUCAACUACAUGGUCAGUUAUAUCACCAGCUGUAUUUUCUACUUUUACUGCAUUUUCCCUUUAACAUGUCUCAUCUACUCCAUAAUCUUCGGACCUGCAGGCUUUUUAUUUGCCAUAGGACAUGGUGCAUUGUUUUGCAAUAUCGUCGCAUGCCAUGAGACUAGGAUCAGUUCAGGGCACUUUAUGGACUUGUUCUUCACAAUGGUAGUCACAACAAGUAAGAUAUUGGAGAAGCCAAAAGUCGGCAGAAUACUCCCGGUGAAGGAAAGCAAAGAUCCCAUUUCCUGGAGAAUAAUUUUUAUUGCACAGGUUGUGCGAUGGAUGGUGGUCAUGUCUAAACUACUCAUGUGGUUUGUAAUUUCUUUGAUACCAGUUUUAGGCAUUAUUCUACUGAAGCUGCAGUCCAGUGCCUCUCGUGGGUUCACAUAUUUUAUUCCAUAUCUUGAAGGUACCAAAAGAAUGGAUAAACGCUGUAUGAAGGAGGCCUACUACAAAUCAUUUGGAAAGUGGCUACUUUUUGGCUUGACCACUGGUUUCACCGAGAGCAUCCCAAUUCUAGCAGGAAUCAGCAUAAGUACAAACACUUGUGGUUGUGCCCUCUGGGAAGUUGACCACGCUAUAAAUGUCGAAAAUCCUGAAUUGAAGCAUCUCCAAGGCCAGACUUAA